UCGAGACACUCGCUCACGCGCAACGGCCACGCCACCGACCUCUUCUUCUGCGGUUCUGCCCCAGUUCCCCACUUCCGCCGCCGAACCCGUACCACGCCGCCGAAGAACGCCGGCAGCCUCGGGCAACCCUGCCCUUGCAGUAACUGUCGUCGUCCACCUCCCCCCGCGCCCUCUACUAUACUGGGUUGGCGCGGGAACGGAGGACCCAUCCGUACACGGCAUUGAUCGACUCCUUCCGUUGUUACUUGGUGGUAAGGAACCCUAACUUGCGCGGAUGAAUUUUCCGGGAAGGCCUUUUUCUGUGGGUUGUUUUGGCUGCUCCGAGAAGCCAAACCCGAAGCUUUCUUCAACCCAUGAGUUAGUAGCAGAUUCUUUUGCUGCGUGGUAGAGUGGCUAGUUUGAUCAUCCAUCCAUCCAUCCUUGGUUCUGCUCUGGUUCGAUAAGCAAUAGGCUAUUCUCCUUCAUCAGCGAGGGCAGGAUCGAUCGGUCCAGAUUCCAGUCAGAGGACUGAGAACCCUUGGUGCGGGGAAUGUUUUUUUUUUUUUGCGAAAAUGUUGGGGAUUCAACAAAAACCCCGGGCACCACGGCAGAAACCCGCCCCUGUUAAUCGCAGUUCAAUUUCGAGUGUCACGAGUUUUCUUGGGAUCGCGAUUCCUUGGAAUGUAGGUUGAGUUGCUCAUCGUAUGUAAGAUUAUGGACCCCAAACAGCAAAGGGAAGGCCAAUUGUGUGCAUUUUUAUGGCUUUUCUUAAAAAGAUUUAUCAUGCAGUUUUCCUGUUUUCAAUUCUAAGUAAAAAUGGAAACCACAUCUAUGAUGUUGUCAAUCUUGUGUGUUCCUUUUCAUAUUUGAGCUUGGUAGUCCUUGAUAUACAAAUCUUCAUUCAAUACACAACAACACACAGCUGCUGUUUACCUGAGAUUGUCUUCUUUUCAACUCGAGUGAUAUGCUGUUGUUUUAUGUAUUGGUUGCAAUUCUUUCCCUGCAAUACCUGCAGCAGCCAAGGAAGCAUUUGGUCUAUUUUCAGCUUGUUUUUUGGUUGUAAUGUUGCUUUGCUUACCCUUUUCAUUGCCAAUUUACAUGUUACCAAGGAAUUCAGUGAGUUUUGGAAUGGUGAAGACACAGAGUAAGGAAUAUUCAGCCUUUGGUGGUGCAGUUUUUCUGUGCAACCAAUUGACCAGGAAGGAGUGCUUUAACAAGAAAAUCUUUGGCCUCUCUCCUUACUGUGCUGAUUUCGUAGAGAAAGUUAAAGCUGGCACAACUUUAUUCUUAUAUGAUGUUGAGCAGUGUAAGCUUCAUGGGGUUUUUGAAGCAACUUCAGAUGGAGCUGUGAACAUUAUUCCUGAUGCAUAUGGAAGGCGGUAUCCUUCUCAGAUACGUUUCAAAAGGAUUUGGUUUUGCAAGCCUUUGAUGGAAGGUGAAUUUCGAGAUGCUGUCCAGAACUAUUCCGUAAAAAACAAGUUUAGUUAUGGUUUGUCACAUCAACAGGUUGCAAAGCUUCUUCACUUGUUUUCUUCACGAAACAGGUUGCAACUUUGUCAGAAUCCAAGAUUAAAAGAUGACCUCCCAAAGGAGCUUGAAACUUUUCUGGUUAAAGUAAUUGAUGUGCAGUCCAGUCCAACCAGCAGUUCAUGUGGUUCAUUCAAAAGCCCCUGUCAAACAUGUUCCUCGUCCACUCUGGGUGACAAAUUAACUGAUUCUGCGUCAUUAGUGCAGAGAGGACUGCAAUCGGACAUCUCUGAUGUGGCUAAGUCCAAGAGCUCACAACCUCCCCUGCACACUGGAGCAGAUACGGCCACGGUCACAAUACCUAGCAACCAAGAAGCAAUGCAUGACAAAUCUACUGAUGACUUUAUACCACUUCCGCAGGAGGAAGAUACUUUAGAAGGUGUUGAUGAUCUGUUUGGGUUGCUAAAAGAUGAGAGCCCCUCUUCUGAAUCUAAAGGUAGCAGUGACUCUGAAGACCAUACUACUUUCCACCAUGUUUGUGUUAGGAAGGAGAAGGAAGAUGGAUGCGACCCGCCAAUGUUAAAUUCGAAGCUCCGCUCUGACAGUGAAGGGCGAACAAGUGUGUUUUCUCGGUUAAUGAAAACACAUAAAACUUAUAUCCAAGGAAAAAGGUCCAACACCGAAGCAUCUCCACCAAUAAGUGUUCAGUCUUUCAAUCCCCUUUCUCAGAGGGAAAAAAAGCAGAAGGCACAGCAUAGCAAGCCAUUUCCAUGUCAAAUGCUGUUUAUGCCUUCAAGUGAUAGGCUGAACAGACUUCCAGCAUCUAAUCGUUCAUUUGUCUGGAGAAGAUCCACCAAGUAUUCUGGGGGGAAACAGAAUGAAAUUCAGACGUGCCUAGAGCCAUUGCUUUGUGAGGAUGGAAAUAAAUGGGAUGUGUCUGCCAAACAACCUGUCAGAUUCAACAGCUGCAAAAAGUCAUUUGUUCCUAAAGGUUGCUCGAAGUUGACGGACUCAUGUGACAAUGAACUACAUAUGUCUGCAGUGUUUGCUGGAGAACAUGACAGCAGCGAGGUUAAUGUUAAAGAAGAAAUGAGAACCUCUUCCAUGAAUGUUAAGCAGCAUGCUGACGAUUCAUAUGUUGAAGGAGGGGAUCCGGAUUUUUACAGUGAGGAUGUUGAGGGAACAGGAGCGAAGAAGAGGCAAGCAACUUCAUCCUUCCCUCAAGAAUGUCCAAGUGCCACUGCAUUGGUUCCUAAAGGCAGCAAUACUUUCGAUAUGCUUGCAAUAACUGAUGAAAAUCCUAUAGAGAAGGGCAUCAUUUUAUCGUGUAAGGAUGCACAUAGUCAGUUAGCUAGACCAUAUUUUGAAACCAAGGUGCUCCUUCAAGAUGAGCAACAACAAAUCUUUCAAGGUUCCUUUGAAUACAUUGAAGAAAUCACAAGUGAUUCAUCAUUGAUUCUUGAAAGUUCCACAAUCAUGGACACAUUGGGCAAGCAUGGUUUUGGUGAUACGAAGACUUCGUUGAAAGACGAAAUGCAGAGCCAUGUGGUUGCUGGUCAUUUGGGAACUGAAACAUCCCUCCAACAGAAAGAAAGCCAAAGCAUUAGGAGCUGCCACAGAGUGGUUAAAGGUGAUAAAAUAUUGCUCAUGGGAAAAUAUGAAACCAUGGAUAUCUUGCCCAACCAUGAUGAAGAUUGUGAAAACAAGAAGAGUUUGCCUUCUGAUGGAAGUGGUAGGCUUGUUACCUCUUGUAACCUUGAAACCGAAAUGCCCCUGCUGCAGAAACAAACUGCAAAUAUUCAGAGCUGUUCUGAAGUAGUUCAUGAUUAUGAAGUGUUGAUUCCAGAAAUCUCUAAAGUGAUGUUUCCCAAGUUCGAUGCAGACUCUGGAAACAAGGGUACAAGUAUGGGUUCUGGUUAUCCAGAAGCGGAAUGCCAUCUUGUUAAAAGCUGUCAAGAAGCUGUGCCUAGUGAUGUUACACCAGUUCUUGAAGGCUGUGGGCCUCUUAUUAACUUCCCAGUGUUCCAUGUAGAUAGUGCCAAAAAUAUUAUCUUAUUGGAUGAAACUUCAGAGCAUCUGUCUACUGAUCAUCAAGGUACUGUUAUGCUUUCUCAGGUCGAACAUUACCGCAGCUGCUGUGGUGAUACUUCAUCUGUUCUAGAAUAUUCCACUGUGGACACAAGUGCUGAGGAUGGAGAUAGUGAACACAAGAACUCAUUUGAUCUGAAAGAUGAUGAAAGUCUGUAUUUGGUGACUGAUUGGAAAGAUCAUAGAAACACUGCCAACACUUCCUCAUCUUACGGAAGUCGCAGUUGCGCACCUACUGAAUAUCAGGAAUGCAGCAAACACAUGCUGCUUAAAGAGGAGCAGCACCAAAAUUUCCAAGACAACUCUAAUCCUCUGGACUCGUUUGCAGUCUUAUCGGAAGGCUGUGGAAGCAAGAGUGGGAUAUCAGUUGAUAGAACAUCUCUCCAUCUGGUUGCUGAUCUUCUGGGGAUGGGCUCGGAGUCCAGAACAAGUUUCAUCAAUGACUCCUCAAAUGGACCUAAUAGGACUUUCAGUACCUCUGCUUUCGGUGUUGAAACUACGGACCACACCGCCAACGGAUCAGGAGCCUAUGCAGAGCCGCCCAUACUUCAGCAUGAUCCUGGGGAAGCCAUGGAACAGCUGUGACCGUCACUCUGCAUGCACAACCUGUGACCGUCACCCAGCUUGAGAGGAGCUUAUCUAACCAGAGCAUUUGGCAUUAUGCAGUGAAUUGCCCUGUGUUGUUAGAAUGUUACUAGAACCGUUGUCUGUUGUUAAGAGUAUUAUCAUCCCUAGCAGAGCAUAAAUUCGAACCACGGGAAGUUAAGAAAAAUAGUGAACCUGGUGUUGUGUAGUAGCUGUUUACUUGUUUACUAUUCCGAACCUAUGUAAUGCAGACGGUGAAGACCGAAUUAACAUCGUAAUUGCCAGAUGUGUAUCCGUGUGUGUACGGAAAAUGUGGAGA